AUGGGCGUCAGCGCCCUUGUGCCUUUCAACAGAUACAUGGCCCGCCAGCGUUGGGUAACGGUGGGGCUACUCCUCUCCAUCGCCCUGUAUAGCAGCCUCAGGAAAUGGCAGAGUAGCCAGGAGCCCCGCCUCGUCCCCGCCACCCUGACCGACGGCACCUUCACCUUCCGCCUCGACCGGAGCGCCUACGAUGCCGCCUUCCCCCACCUGCAGCGCUACACCUGCCGAGAAGAGAUCGCCCCGGAGGGCUUGUGCCAGGGCCCCGCCGGCGCACCGCUGCUGCUCCUGGCGGUCAAGUCCCACCCGGCCUCAGGCGGCAGGAGGGCCGCCCUGCGCCGCACCUGGGCCCGGCCCAGAGAAAUGGGGGGCUUUCAGCUGCGGCCCAUCUUCCUGAUGGCCACGGCCUCCGACCACAGACACGCCAGGCUGGUGCAGCUGGAGAGCGACACCUUCGGGGACGUCCUGAUGUGGGACUUCGUGGAGUCCCCUCACAACCUGUCCCUCAAGGACCGCUGCUUCCUCCAGUGGCUCCACGGACGCUGCCCGCAAGCGGCCUACGUCUUCAAAGGGGAUGACAGCAUUUUUGUGAACCUGAAGGGGCUGACCGAAUACCUCGCCCAGACCCCCAACGCCUCCCGCUUCAUCCACGGCACCAUCCUGUACCAUUCAGUCGUACAGAGAGUUGGGAAGUACAUGGUGCCUCAGACCCUCUACCCUUUCCAGCACUACCCCAACUUUGCCGCUGGAGGGGUCAUCCUGCCUGGCAAAUUCAUCGCGGCCCUCUACAAUGCGUCCCUGCAGCUCCCUGUCUUCCCCCUCGAUGACGUGUAUUUGGGGUUCUUGGCUUUGGCAGCUGGACUUCCCCAUCGGCACUUCGGGCACGUCCAGCUGUGGGGGCCUGCGAACACUGAGCUCACAGGUAGUCCUUGA